AUAUAACCUGCGAUCCAAUCAAAUAUCCACCAUCCAAAGAGCCACACCCACCAAUCCUCCCGUCUCAUCCUGCACCGUCAUGAUGCUCGCUCCGGAUGCAGUUGUCAUGGAGAUGGAAAAGGGCUCAGCGUCCACUAGCAGCACUGUUACCAUGGAAAUCCCCAUCACAGCAGCUGCCUCAGUGGCGCGAGCAGAGGAGUCUGUUCAGCACCACGGACAGUACCGCACUGAGUUCCAGCACAGAAACUAUCGCGUGCUGAUUGUGAUCGGAGAGAUUUCCACCAGCUAUCACCUCGACGCUGCCAGGAAACAGAUCACACAAGGUUUGCGUUCCUGGAACGUUGAUCUGACUGUUUGUGACCUGAACAAGGAGCUGCAGCUUUUUGAGACCAGGCACACCGCUCAGUUUUCUUCACAGGUCAAAGGCCAGCGGAUUCUCCAGUAUCACAGUGAUGUACUCGAGACAGUUGUGUUGGUGAACCCAUCAGAGGAGACCACUGCCUCAGAGAUUCGCUCUUUGAUUACUGACUUUUCUGGAAAUAAGUUGCUGAUACUGAGCGGCCAGAGCUCUGAGCAGGGAGGUGACAUCCUACUGCAAGGUGGAGCCUUCACCUGGCAACACUUCUCCAACAUUAUCUCCAGCCCUGAAGUGAUUGAACUCCUGUCCAGGGCCUUUUCAGAGCAGCCGUCCAGACUUACUGUUUCCUGUCAGGGAGACGGGGGCUGGAGCUCCCUGGGCCAAAGCCAGGAGCAGCAGUCACUCCAAAAUCAUCUGGAAUACCGCCUGAACCCAGAACCUCACCUCCCCGACAUGGACGGAGUCACUGAAUUUACUGAAUAUGUCUCAGAGACAGUGGAUGUGCCGUCAUCCUUUGACCUUCUGGAGCCCCCCACCUCUGGAGGUUUUCUGAAGCUGUCCAAACCCUGCUGCUACAUCUUCCCUGGAGGGAGGGGAGACUCGGCUCUGUUUGCCGUCAAUGGAUUCAACAUCCUGGUGGAUGGAGGAUCUGAUCGGAAGUCUUGCUUCUGGAAGCUUGUUCGCCACCUGGACAGGAUCGACUCUGUUCUGCUCACCCAUAUUGGUGCGGACAACCUUCCUGGAAUCAAUGGGUUGUUCCAGAGAAAGAUUGCAGAACAAGAGGAGGAGCAUAACCAAGGAUCUGGCUCCAGCAGCAACGGUGACUGGAUGAAGAACCUAAUCUCUCCUGAGCUUGGGAUCGUGUUUUUUAACGUCCCAGAGAAGCUUCGGAUGCCUGAGUCCACACUGAAAGUGAAACGAAGCAUUGAGGAAGCAUCUCUUACGUUGCAGUACCUCAACAAGCUUGGUAUCACACCAGAACCUCUUCACAGGGUUGUCAGCAACACUAUUGAACCUAUCACACUAUUCCACAAACUUGGUGUGGGAAAGUUAGAUAUGUAUGUCUUAAACCCUGUAAAAGAGAGCAAAGAGAUGCAGUUUUUAAUGCAGAAAUGGGCUGGAAACAGCAAAGCCAAGACAGGCAUUACGAUGCCUAAUGGAAAAGAAGGAGAAAUAUCUGUCCCUUAUUUGACAUCAGUUACCGCUCUCAUUGUUUGGAUUCCUCACCGUCCAACAGAAAAGAUAGUCAGGGUGCUCUUCCCUGGAAAUGCACCGCAGAAUAAAAUCUUUGAGGGCCUUGAGAAACUGAAACACCUGGACUUCCUGCGAUACCCAGUGGCUACCCAAAAAGACAUAUCAUCUGGGGUACCUCCCCCCAUCAUCAAACAGACUAAAAUAAGAUCAAGAACUGACAGCAAAGAGAGUCUCAAAUCGUCACCCAAACCACACUCUAAAACUACAAAGAAAGAACCCAGUGGGCAGGAGGAAGAGUCCAAGAGUGACAUCACUAAAGAGAAUAAAGUAGAAAAGAAAGAAGAGAAGAAACUCAAAAGUGAAAGUCUAAAAGCCACCAAACAACAGAAAAAUAGUGAGGUGGCCCCCGUGGCAGACAAAAAAUCAGACAAAAAGAAAAUAUCCAAGGAAAAAACUGCCAAGCAGGAGAAAGCAUCCAAGAUGGAUGAAAAGAAAGACAAAGAGAAAAAAGAAAUAAAGAAAGAGAAACGUGAAGUAAAGAAAGAUGAAAAUAUUAGAAAAGAAGAGAAAAAAGAAAGUAAAGCCAAGGAGGAUAAAAAGAAGGACCCAAGUAAGCCAGAGCUGAGAAAAAUUACUAAACCUGACCUGAAGCCGCUUACCCCUGAAGUGAGAAAAACUCUGCAUAAGGCUAAGACUCAUGCUAAGCCCAAGGCAGACAAAAAUAAAGCAGUUAAAGAGGAAGCAAAUGAGUCAAAGCCAGUCCCAAAGAACAUCCCUGAAGAGAUUGCAGCAGCAGCUUUGGCUGACAGGUCGAUUGUGUCCUCCCCAGAAGACCUCACUGAGGACUUUGAGGCUCUGAAACAAGAAGAGCUGUCCAAACUUAAGACCCAGCCUAUCCAGAAUGAUGUGAUGUCUGGGCAUUCAGUGUACACAGAUACUAAAGUUUCUUCCUUACCUUUCUGUGAUGAGAAAGUCACAUCCCCAUCCACAGAGAUAAAAUCUGCUUCACCAAAAUCGCCUGUCAAACAGGAAGAAUACAACAAAGACAAGGGUGUGUCAGAACAGGUUGCAACCACUGAAAAGAAGGCAGCAAGUGAUGGUUUUGACAAGAAGUAUGAAGAGGAGAAAAUGGAGAAAUAUGACAAAUACCCUGUGAAGGACGACAUAAAAGACAGAUCAAAGAAGAGUGACAGCUCAGAGGAGGAGGGUGAUGUAAUUGAAAAAGCUGAACUCGAAGGAACAGAAGAUGACGAGGUCCUGAAAUAUAAAACAGAGGAGGCGAAAAAGGAAAAACCUGGAAAGGAGUUGGACACCAAGCCAACUGAGAAAAAACCUUUAACAACCCCAGCCCUGUCUGAGCAAGUAGCAGCCACUGCCUCGGAGCAAUUCUCCUACAUCCAAGAUGAGACCAUCCCCGGUUACUCCGAGACUGAACAGACCAUCUCUGAUGAGGAGAUCCAUGACGAAACAGAAGAUAAGAUCCCACAGCUGCGCUAUGAUGUGGGCUCCUAUGACGUCUCUGUCCCUGACGUUCCUGGCACCUUUGACUCCAUGCAUGGUAUAAAAGAGAUGAAGAGCUCCGCUGUUUUUGAUAUUCCAAAUGCUAAACCCAAAGCUUUCAUGGGAGGUCACGAGCCUGAGCUUGCACCUUACCCUGCUAUCAUUGCUGCUCCUCUUGCAGAGGAGGAGCACAUCUCCUCAGCAACAUCCAUCACAGAAUAUGACAAACUGUCGUCCUUUGCCACGUCUGUAGCUGAGGACCAAUCAAUAGCCUCUGUAACAGCACCUCAAACUGAGGAAGCUGGGAGGAACUCUCUCCUGCUUGACACCAUCAACAGUAUCCCCUCACGUGCUGAGGCCAUCCAUGGGAAGGACUAUCUCCACUCAGCAGGAACUAUCUCACCGACCUCCUCUCUGGAGGACGACAAGUGCUUUAAGUCUCCUUCCUCUGAUGAGUACCAGCCCAAUAUUCCUGAGAUGGAGGGUGAUGCAAAGAUCAAAUCAGUACACGAAGAAGAAGACGAUGACGAAGAAGAGGACGAGGACCAGACUCCGAACGUUGAGAUCCCUCUGGGCAAACUCCAAGAAGGCUAUGAACAUGCAGCCUCCAUGAUGCUCCAGGAGAAGGAGAAACCUUCUUCCACUUUUUCUUCUCCUCCUCCCUUCUCUGCCAUGCAGUACUCUCCCACACAAGCUGUCAAAGAAAACCAGUCUCUCUUUAGCACAGAGGGAUUGAAGACUGGCGCUGAUAUGAAGCCUGUUUCACCCCCUCCAUCUUUCUCUCCUGGGUUAGAGUCCAACUCCAGGCAGGAGAGUGAGGAAAGAUGUCUAAGUCCAGAUGACAGCACCAUGAAACUGGGAUCACCCACACAGUCGGUGCCUACAAGCAGUGGCUACUCGCCAACAGAAGAGAAACCCUUUAAGCCAGAAGACAAAGAUGAGGCGGUGAAUGAUGUUAAAGUCGACUAUCAGAAAACAGAUAAAUCAGUCACCAUGUCAGACAAUACCUCCUUUGUUGGUCUUCUAGGUGACAAAACAGCGAUUGAAGUGUCUGAAGAAUCCAAUGAAGAAAACGAGGAAGACGAUGAAGGAGAGGACUGUUACGCCAAAAAGGAUCUACAGCCAACUGUUAAGGCCAAGCUUAUGGAAGCAAAAGAGGGGUGCUUCUUGGAUGAUGACUUCACCUUUGAGGCAAAAUCUGCAAAGAUAGAAACAGAAGUCAAGGGCUCGGACAAGACAGAGGUGUCUUUUUGCACAGAGGAGAAACCAAAACCUCAAGUGAUGUACUCAGACGAAGACGAAGAUGAAGAGGAAGAUGAUGAUGGUGUCCCAAGUGGGAUAGGGUCAAAGCCCGUACCAGCAGAUCAAAGCAAAGUAGAGUUAAAAAAUGAAAGCACGGAGAAAACAGAUAUCGCUUCUAAAGAGGCUGAGAAAAGUGUUCAUUUCAGUCUCUAUGAUUUUCCAGAGAAGGAGAGCAAAGAAAAGGCUUUGUAUAUAAGACAAGACACACCCUAUGUGCAUGGCAAAACAUUCUCUUACGGUGACAUUUAUGACAGUAAAACAAGCUCAGUGGACUCUGAUUCAUAUCAGCAGGAGUCCUUAGAUAAAAAGGACAUUACAAUGGGUGAAGUGGAUUUCCAGAAACAUGAGCCCCCAUCUCCAGUAACAGCCACGGACAAGAUGUCAGAGAAGGAGGGAUUUAGUGUCUCUUUUGGAAAAGAGUCCUCUGCCUCAUCGUGGCUUGACUCCAAGAGCACUUCUGCUAAACCUCCAUUUGAAAAAGAGGUCGAUGGAAAGGAUACCUUUGAAUACAGCACAGGUAGCCGAUUCCCUUCAGUAGCUGAUAGACCUGAGGCCUCGUCUACUUCUUUAUCAUCUGAAAAAGACUUAUCUUUUAAAAGCCAGACUGACGGCACAAAGCCCCAGACAUACUCCUCAAUGACAGCCUUUGAUGUAGACAAACUUGCUGCCACCGGCUACGGUGAGAAAGGCUCAUGCUUGGAGAUUGAUAUGCGAAAACUAACAGCAAGGGAUGAGGAGGACUAUGAUGACGAUGUUGUUGAUGAAGAUGAGGAGGAGGAGGAAGACGAAGAGGAUGAAGAGGACGACGUUGAAGGUGCUGUUGAUUCUGAUAUGGAGAAGGGCACUAAAGACAAGUCUGAGAAGGAAGUAAAAAGUCAAGUCAGUGAAAUAUUUGGUUCAAAUAAGCCUGAAUUUAUGGUUUCUAUGGCUGGAUAUGGCUAUAACAGUCAGGGGAAGCCAAAUAUGAAAGAAAGCAGCUCUAGCUCACUCACAAAGGCUGAAGACAAAGCUAAAGUUGACUCCUCACCCCUGGAUUUAGGGGCUACAGGUUUCUCUGUCUACUCCUCAGGGUUUGAGUACUCAUAUGGAAGUGGUGAGACAGAUUCAUUUUUAAGUCAGACCACAGACAAAGGUAACAAGGAUUUCAAUUUGAAAUCAACAGAGGACAGUUUUUACCAGAACGACAGAGCUGAUCCUGAUUUUGAGAAACAGAAGACACCAGACCUUCUGAGUAAGAGAUCACUGGAUUCAAGCUUUCAGUACACAACCACAGCUGCCCCCGGGUACUCCUCCUCUUCGGCCUAUAGCUAUUCCUCCUCCACCUCAGGCUCACUCUCCACCAGCCGUCAGUUUGGAGAGGAGCUGGAGACGCCUGCUGAGCCCCUCUUUGAGUACUCCUCCUUUAAAGAUGAACACUCAUUGGUCAUGGAUUCUCCCUACUACGGCUCCGCUGGUGCCAAAGAUGACUAUCUAGAAGUGUCUGAAAAACAGAUCCCCGCUACAACCACGGCUGAGUCCACCUCCAGUUUAGCCCGCUUCUCACCCCUCAGCCCAUUUCAGGAGGUCAAGCCCUUCCCAUCGCUCUCGUCCACUGCUUUUGCUGAGGACAAGAAGGAGCAUACGACUUCAUUAGGUGGAGUUUUGGACAAAGGCCCUCAAUCAGACUGCUUCUAUAAGCCUGAAUGGUCCAAGUUGGACACAGCUGUUGGGUAUGGAGCCACAGCAGGACCGUUCUCUCCAUCCGCAGAGCUCGCCAAGGACAAAGAGGCAGCCAGUGCAGCUCUGUUUGGAGUCACUUCCUCACCUCGCCCAGACACAGAAGGCAAGCAUUACUUUGAAGAGACUGACAGUGAAGAAGAGGAUGAGGAGGCAUAUAUGCGUGAAAUGACUCGGAGGUCGCCUUCCGGCAACCUGGCUGGUAGCCUCUCAUUUUCUGACAAGCCUGUUGCUCCAGUUGCCAGUGAAAAGACUGGUGGUGCACUCCCUGAUGUUCUUGGCUCCUACAUAACCUCACCUCUCCAGGCCAGCAAGCCAGACACAGUCAAUGGCCCCACGGAGGUCAGCUCAAGCGCCAAUCUCCCUGCUGGAGCAGCAGCUAGUGGUGCAUCUUCAGGCCCAACCAAGGUGGAGCCCAGAGAGGGAGCAGCAGGUUACAGGAGUUCUUAUGAGUGGGAGAUGUCAAAGCCCCAGAUGGGGAUGGUGCCCGGAGACUCCCCUCCCCAUUACCGUCAUGAUGAUGAGUUUGAAGAGGAGUGUGAGAUGGAGCCAGAACACCCUGCACGUCCGCUUUCACUCUCUUCAACUGAUCAGCCAUUUCGCUCACCGUUCUACGCUGAAGAGUGCAGCCGAGGAGGGCAGGAUGAUGACGAUGACAGUGAUCAGGAUCUUGCUGGUGAUGUCCCCAUGGGAGCCACCUCCUCUUAUACCAGCCGCACCUCUCCUGGAUAUUCCUCCUCCGAGUGCAGGCAGCGCAAAGAGGACCUCUCACCUUCCUUCAUCAACCCAUGCAUGCGGCAGUUAUCCAGCGACGAGGAUGAUGAGGAGCAAGGGCACAGAAGUGACCAAUCGCAGGGCGAUGAAAACGAUCUGUCGGUCAAGAGAAGGGCUCACAAACAGCCCCAUCAUCACCAGCCUCACAGUAGCUCUCUGCACCAAGCUGGUGGCUUGGCAGCAGGACUGGGUCUGGCCACAGAGGACACACCGCCCACCUCUGUCAGCGAGUCUUUAGCCUCUCAGUCAGACUCUGAUGUACCUCCAGGCACUGAGGAAUACCCCUCAGUCACUGGUGAGGGUAACAUGGAUUCAGAUGAGGAUGCGGACUACAUGCCUGUUGAUAAAUUAUCUGCCACAGGAGGAGGCAGCCAUCAUUCUUCUAGGAGAAGUCAUGACCCUCCUCCUGCUCCCCUCAUGGACCCCUACCCUCACCCCCCACACCCAGAUGUUUGCAUGGUGGAUCCUGACUCUUUGGAUAAUGGCUCAAUUAAGAAAGAGCCAAAAGCCAAAGGCUUAAAGAAGGCUUCGGGGAAAACCAAAUCAGCAUCCCCAGCCAGACGCAAGAGGUCUCCCAUGCCUGUCAAACAGACACCGUCUCCUCGCAGUGCCUCGCUGAAGAAGAAGGAGGCGGACAAGAGCUCACGUAUGUCUCGUCUGUCUGAUGGACAGGGCUCCAAAGAUGAUGACCUCUCCAGGUCGAGCUACAACCCUGGCAAGGGGUUGACUAACGGUGUCAAGAGCAGUUCAGGUUCUCAGAAGUCCGGCUCUGCAGCUGCUCCUGCCUUACCGAUUUAUGUGGACUUGGCAUACAUUCCCAACCACUGCAGUGCCAAGAACGUGGACCAGGAGUUUUUCAAACGCAUUCGCUCUGCAUACUAUGUGGUGAGCGGGAAUGAUGCAGCAAGUGGUGAACCAAGCCGAGGAGUCCUUGAUGCACUGUUGGAUGGCAAAGCUCAGUGGGGAUCAAACCUACAGGUGACACUGAUCCCCACCCACGACACGGAGGUGACCCGUGACUGGUAUCAGCAGACACAUGAGAAGCAGCAGGAGCUCAACAUCAUGGUCCUAGCCUCCAGCAGCACCGUUGUCAUGCAGGACGAGUCUUUCCCCGCCUGCAAGAUCGAGUUUUAAGAUCCUCGUUUACUCUCUCUCCUCCUAGCCUCCCCAGUGUAGAUCUGUUUUUAAUUGCUCUUCUCUAUAGCCUGAUAAAUCUGUCUCUGCUCUGGGCACUUGACCGAAAGCAGAAACAGAUCUGGAUAAUAUCUAUUUUUUUCUAGAGUUUUUAUUCAUUUCUAAGCUUGUUGUGGCUAUCACUAUUUGUAUUUCAAAUGUAGUUUUCUGACAGUUGUCCUCUGCUACGUUAUUAUUACUCAGUCCUGUAAAAGGGAGAAAGCUUUUUUUUUUCUGUUCCUUAACUCAAAUCUUUCCCAUACCCUGUGAGACAAUGGAGUCUUUGUUUGUUGGCCGAGACAAAAAAAAAAGAGUGUCAUAAAGGAAACAAUAUAAAACUGAUGUUUGGUUGCUUGUCUUCUAAUUGGCCUAAAUUUAAGCACAAGUCUGCGCACCUUAGAGCCAGCGACAAAAUGCGAAUUCCAAACAUCAAGCCUUUCACAAUACCAGUGAUCAAUUGAAUACGUUUGCUGAUAGAAAAUGAUCAUUACAGGCUGCUAAUUGUGAUUAAUUUCCUUUCCUCUAAUUGUACUUUCUGUCUUUCUUCUAAAACAAUGACAGUCCCAGUGUUGAACUUUGUUCCUCCUACUGACAUAGUAAGAUAGAAAAUGUUCAAGUAGACCCCAGUGGUCCUUUCAACAUGUCUCUAUAGUAGUAUAAAGAGUAUAUUUGCUGUAGAUAUGGAAGACCAUAUUAAAAAAAAAAAAUCUGUAUUGUAGUGAAUUAUGAUAUUUCUACGGUUAUUUCAAAGUGAAAAUCAAUCGUUACAGUAAGAAUUUCUCAGUGGCUGUUUAUUUCUUACAGUGAAUUUGACAAAUAAGUUCUCUCUAUAAUUGUUCCUGUAGUCUUUGAUGUAUUUUUUCCAGUGUAUUUCCAGUUAACAUAUUGUUGCAGUGGAUCAUGAGGAGAGCUGAAGGCAGAGGGGAUGAAACCAGUACAAAAUCAUCAUCCUGAUCUUUGGAUUCUACUUGUUUAUGUCUUUACAUACAGAACAGCACUCCAUGUUCAAAGCUCCUUAUAGGAAAGAAGACAAACCUCAUACCAGUUGCUGCGUCGGAAAGAUCUUUAUACAAAAGCUGUGUUAAAGAAUCAAGAUUGUAUUCCAUUACAACAAUAGGAACAUGUGGUUGCGCGGAGAGAUUGUGUUUGCCUGGUGAACAAAGAUGAACUGGUUCGAUUGAAAGUAGAGGUUAGACUGUCACCCACAUGUGCCUUUCUGUCCUGCUGUGCUGGAAGGGAAUUGUCAUAGAAAUGUAAGGUAUUUCAGUGUGCGGUACAUCCACAGCUCUGUGGCAGAGGCUACGGCGAGCUGGUCUCUGUUGUUCUGAGUUUUGUCUGUGAGAACGUCAGUGCACAAAAAGGUCUUAGUUGUACAUAUUGAGCAUAAAAUGGCACUUUUAAAGCACCAACUCAGUAUUUCCGCAGUUGAAUUUUAGAUUUUCUUGAGCUGCCACUUAAAGAAGCACAAAUAGUAACCAGUGUGCAAAACUUAAAGCAGUUUUUGCUUUUUUUCAAAUUAAGCAACAUAAAAUGUAUAAUUACAGCUAUUGCACUGAAAACCUGUGCUAUUUUAUUUCUGGGUACUUUUAGUUAUUGCAGAAAAUAUAGUUUGUCUUUCAAAAUUGUUUUUAGCCACAAUCUCCUUAACUUAUUACAUCUUGUUUUUAAAUUUAUCUUUCUUUUCAGUGGUAAAUCAGUGGAUGUUUUUAAGUGACACAAACUUAAUAUUAAGUGUAGAUGUGUUUUAAUUUGAUAUUGAUAAUUUUAUAUUUUGAUAAGUUUUGAGUAAUUUAAUAGAUUUUAACCAGGAAUAAAACCAACUAUUCAACAAAUUACAGGACCAACGCACCUCACUAGGGUUGCUAUUUUAUGAUCCACAGCAAAAAUCCAGAAAUUCCACUGUAUGAUAUUUUACUCCCUCAACUCAUCUAGGGAUGCAUGUAUAACAGAUGCAUGUUCAUAAAGGCGAUGACUUUUUAAAAAACCAGAGGGCUGCAGGGAGUGGAGCACAAACCUCAGCGGUACUAGUUGAUUUGAAUGUGAAGAUGCAGAUUACCUUUACGUUCUCUGUGGAGGACUUUGAUCUCCUGGCUGCCUUGUUUACUGUGCAUCAUAUGGUACAUCUGAGUCAUUGGUCACACUGGCAGUAACAACCUUUCGUUGGCCUGCAAUACAUCCCGACUGUGCAGGGAGGAAAACUUUGUGUGCAGAUUAUACCCACCACAGUUUCUUUCUUUGGAUGGUAGGAUGCAGUUUGACAAACAAUAUGAUUUCUGUCAGCAGAUUAAAAUGUUGUCAGCUUGAUGAACAAGUUGCAAUGUCUGUGACUUUGAGGAGAUAAUGUCGAGUUGAGGUUUCUAUUGCCUGCUGAUUUAAAAGGAUCCAUUAACAGCAUCUUUGAUGAAACAGGGUUAACCGUGACGCCAGUGUUUUCCUGUUAACCCACUGCGUCAGUGAAUGACGCUGUAAUCUGCAUUCCUAUUUAAUACUGCAUCACUGUAAAGGCUAGUAAUUACAAAAUCAACACUACUCACCUAUAAGCAGACCACUCAAAACCCAGACUGCCAGACAUGAGGGACUCAGUUCACUCAUGUCAAUACAUUUCUAGAGGACUUCCUAAUAUUCACACUUUUUUCCAGACAAAGCUUAAUACACACACACUCACACAUAAGCGCUGCAUUUCCGUAUUGUGCAAAAAAAAAAAAAA